AUGAAGCAGUGUGUCGGUGCUAUUGCUAUCUGCCUUGGAGUAAUUCUCUCGUUCACAUCCACCGCAUCCGCUCUUCAGUGCUAUGAAUGCGGCAGCAACGAAGGCUGGAGUGACUGUCAAUCCAGGGCGACCAGGGUGAAUUGUAAUGCCAUUGCGCAGGUAUCAAUCUUGGACCGAACCAUCUUCCUGCCGGCCCAGGCACGCCAGCUCGAGCUUGCCUGUCUCUCGCUGUCCGCACAAGGUACGAUCAGCGGCGUAACCGGGUACGCCUAUCUUCGCCAGUGCUUCUACAACGAUCAGUCGAUGUGCACGUUGAUCGAAGGCGAGCUGCCCCCGGGCUUCCGAGUGAACACGUGCGAACUCUGCACCACCGAUCUGUGCAACGGUGCACGAAGUGUCACGAUUGCGUUCUCGACCCUUCUCCUGAUGGCCUUUGCCGUGAUGCUACGCCAGUGAAAGCGUUUUCGCGUGGUUGUAUAGUUAGUGUUUGAAUGUCAGUUCUUGAUGAAUAUCAACACGGAUGAAAGUUUGUGUUUUAGAAAUCUGAUAAACGAAAACCAAUCUGUUCUUUUCGGAAAGACUGAUCGUUUA